AUGGUUUCUUUUUUCUUUCUUUUUAUUUUACAUUUGCUAAAUUCUUCCGCCUCAUUUAUCGCUUUUUAUUCAUUCAUAUCCGUUUUCCGCUUUUGCUUCCUCCCAUCUUUCAUCUCUUUUCUCACUUUCACCCUUCAUUUUUCUAAUAUAUCUAUUUUCUUAUAUAUCUCUUUUUCUUCUAUAUAUUUUUCUUUCUUAUAUACUUUAUUUCUUAUAUUUCUGUUUUCUUAUAUCUGUUUUUUCUUCUGUGUAUAUUUUCUUCCAUAUCUGUUUUCCUUCUUGUAUAACUUUUUCUUUAAUCCUCAAUACUCAUUUUGUCUCUCCUUGUACCAGGCGAUUAAACCGAGUAACCUUCAACGGCAUCUAUAUUUUUUACACUACCCAGUCAUGUCAACAGAUUUAAACCGAGCCACCACGCCUACUCUCUUUAUUCGCUCCUCUCCUCUCUCUCUCUCUCUCUCUCUCUCUCUCUCUUUAAUCAUCUUUUUCUUCUUCGUUUCUUUCUUUUUUAUCUUUCCACCAUCCCGCUAUUUUUUGAACCUCCAAAAUUUACUGUCUGCUAAUUCAAUUCUGUUCCUACCUACCUACCUACCUAUCUAUCUAUCUAUCUAUCUAUCUAUCUAUCUAUCUAUCUAUCUAUCUAUCUCAUUCUAUUCAUUAUCUCUCUAUGUAUAUACAUUUUCAAUUUCUUUAUAUAUCUAUUUCAUCCUGUUCAUGUCUAUCUAUCUAUCUAUCUAUCUAUCUAUCUAUUUAUCUAUCUAUCUAUCUUUUCAAUUUCUUUAUCUAAUCCUGCUCAUAUUUAUCUCCCUCUGUAUUCGAUUGGCUUUUCUGUCCUCGUAUUUUUUAAAUGUCUUCUGA